AUAUGUAUCUUAAAUUAAGUAUUGCUUUCUUAAUUGCGUAGGCAGUAAUUUUCCAAAUGGAAGAUUAUUAUCACCAGGCGACACCAGAAGCGAAGGAUGUAUUUCAAAAAUACAUUGAUAAAUACGUAUACUUUUAUAUAACGAUAUUAGGCAUGAUUACCGUAGCGCUGUUCAAUUCAAUCUUAGAGCCACUAUUUUUUGGAUUUCAUUCGUUACCGCUCGUAAUAAAGUAUCCAUUUCCUGUUGAUCAGCAUCCAUUGCGAGCAAUCGUGUAUUUGCAUCAUACGUUCGGAAUAUAUCAAGGUUAUUGUCAAGUGAGCUCUAACGUUUUUCUUGCCCUUUUACUAUGGUUCACAUCUGCGCGGUUUGAAAUCUUAUCCCACAAGUUUCGUACAGCUACGAAAUACUCCGACUGGAAAAAAUGUAUUAAAGAACAUCAAGAACUCUUACAGUAUGUUAAUAGUUCAUAUCAGAAACGGCUACCGUUAUCCGCAAAAGCAGAGUUCAUUGUUGUAUGUAUCUCAUCAUUGAUGAAGGUACUUUUAUGCGCUUGGCCGGCUGAUUAUUUGAUGACUAUAAGUUCAGACAUCGGGGAUGCUGCAUAUGAUUCGUUAUGGUAUAAACAUGGAAUUGAUUCACAGAAAGUUAUGUUAUACGUUUUGCUCCGCUGUCAGCGACCUGUAAUUAUAACAGUUCCUGGUUUACUAGCAGCUUUAACUUUCCAACAUUAUACCUCUGUAAGAGAAACAUUUUACUUUUUAUUACACUAG